AUGAUGAGAUGGCAGUUUACGUCCAUACAAACUUUUGAUCGUACGCGUCACCUCACAUGGUGAAAAUGGGAACUUUCGUGGAAACUCUGCACACUCACAUUUUUCAAUGGCUUCUCCAUUGGUGACCACCACUCUCUCAAAUUUGUCUCUUUCUCUUCUUAACCAUCGCCUCCUUCACAGCAGUUCCUUUUCUUCUCCCUGUUUUCCUUUUAAUCACAGGAGCCGUAGAAACCCGACACCUGUUUCUUCCCAUGGGAACCCACAGUUAUUUAAGCAUGAAGACAAUCAUUCCACUGCUCCUGCUCCCCAUAAGUCCACCAGUGUUGUUGGACCCAAAUCCAAGUUCCUGCAAAUGGAUCCUCCAGAGACUAGCACUUACAGAGAAACUUUGGUCAAAUCUUCUGCUUCAGAUGGUAGCAGCAGCAGUACCACCUCCUCUCUCUCUCAGAAAGUAUUUGGUGUUCUACACUUGGUUGUUUCGCUUGGUAUAGUUCUGUCAAUGGAUAACUUCUUGAAAAAAGCUUUUGUGGCUGCUGCUAUAAAGUUUCCAAGUGCAUUGUUUGGAAUGUUUUGUAUAUUUUCUGUUUUGGUCAUACUUGAUUCUACUAUCCCUGCUGCUGCUACAAGCUUGAUGAACUUUUUUGAGCCAGCCCUCAUGUUCAUUCAGAGAUGGCUUCCAUUGUUCUAUGUUCCAGCUUUGGUGGUGCUGCCACUUUCUGUUAGAGAUAUUCCUGCUGCUUCAGGCCUCAAGAUUUGCUUCAUCAUAGCUGGAGGAUGGUUAGCUUCGCUUUGUGUGGCGGGCUUUUCAGCUAUCGCCGUUAGAAAAAUUGUGAAGACAGAAAUGAUUGAUGCUGAGCCUAUGAAAAAACCUUCCCCGUUUUCUCCUAUAGAAUUCUGGGCUUGGGGUGGUAUCUUUCUUUCAUCAUUUGUUAGUGCAUUGUUCUAUCCUACAGCUUUAGGGACAGCCGCCCGAACAUGCCUCCCCUUUUUGCUUGCCUCCACUGUGCUAGGCUACAUGAUUGGUUCAGGGUUGCCAUCUGGUUUGAAAAAGGUUUUUCAUCCGAUUAUUUGUUGUGCGCUAUCAGCAGAUCUUGCAGCAGUGGCUUUUGGGUACUUAUCUGGCUCAGGAGUUGAUGCGGUUUUAGGAGAUUACCUUACAAAGGUGUCAUCUAAUCCUGGAGCUGGUGAUAUUCUCAUGGGAUUUUUGGGCUCUGUUAUUCUUUCUUUUGCUUUCUCAAUGUUCAAACAGAGAAAGCUCGUUAAGAGGCAUGCAGCUGAGAUCUUCAUAUCAAUCAUUCUAUCAAGCCUGUUUUCUUUGUAUUCAACCGCUCUCGUUGGACGUCUUGUCGGAUUAGAACCAAGCCUGACUAUUUCGAUUCUACCGAGAUGUAUAACCGUUGCAUUAGCUCUCAGCAUUGUUUCCUUUUUUGAGGGCGCCAAUUCAUCUCUCACAGCAGCUGCAGUUGUAGUGACUGGUCUAAUCGGUGCAAACUUCGUGCAAGCAACGCUCGACAAAUUACGUUUUCGCGAUCCUAUUGCUCGAGGAAUAGCAACCGCAUCUAGUGCCCAUGGAUUGGGAACAGCUGCACUGUCAGCCAAGGAACCUGAAGCACUUCCAUUUUGUGCCAUUGCUUAUGGUCUUACCGGUAUAUUUGGCUCAUUGUUUUGCUCUGUCCCGGUAAUCAGGCAAAGCUUGAUCGCGAUUGUUGGCUAAGGUUGCACGUCUCCUCCACAUUGAUUUAUAUUAUACACCAGUAUUUCAACUCUAAACAAAGAUGUUGCUGAUGAAAUCUAUCAUAUGAUCAUUCAUAUGUUUUUCAAAUAUCUUUGUAUAAAAUGCUCUCGCUUUGCUUGAA